AAAUUGGAACAAAAUUUUGUAUCCUGCCGAUUCCGAUCUGAAUAUUUUAUGGAACUAUAUUUCUCAUCCGAAUUCCGAAAUUUCGAUUUCCAAUUUUUCCGAAUUAUGUAGGCACGAUUGUUAGUAAUAUUAAUUGUGGCCCAAAGAAAAUCUGAGAAAUGAUUUAUAAGAACAGUAAGCCCAUUGGGCCUAAGGCUUACUAUUUCUCUCGGGUCAAAAUUGAAACCCGACCCGUUUAUAUUGGGCCUGCUCCAGACAAUCAGGAUUUCUUUUCUGCAACAAAAUAGCUGCUUCAAUGGCGGUCUUUCUGUCUGGUAUGAAAAGCAGCAGCUUCAGACUUGCGCUGAAAAUUUAAAUUAGUUCGUACGCGCACCGACUUUUGGGCGAAUUUGACAAUUUUGGGGUGAAAUAACAAAUUAGUUGUUGGUUGUGUACGGACCUCGGGAGCUGCAGCAAUGGCGGCGGAGAGAGAAAAUAUCGGCGUGACGGCAUUCGCAAUCGCCGCCACCUUUUUAUUCGCAGUCGUAAUCUCCAUUCGCUUCCUCAAGGAAUACUUCACGAAUUCAAAGCGGAGUAACUCGUGCUAUUUGAAUGCAGAGCUCAAACCCCAGCACGCAUUCAAGCGAGUUUUGGCAGACAACUCAUAUUCGCCAUUCAAGCACCUCAAACUUCACUCAGCAGACUCGCUCACCGAUGAGGAAUACUCGAAUUUGCAUCCGUACAAGGGAGAAAUUUCCAAGUUGAUGAAGAAUCCAAAUGUAGGGUUUUUGGAGUGUCUUGAUGGGUGUGAAAAGGGGAGUUUGGAAAUGGGGAGUUCUUACAUGUGGGUCGAGACGGAAGCACAGUUGAGAGAGCUCGUGGGGGUGUUGAGUAACGAGAAAGUGUUUGCGGUCGAUACCGAGCAGCACAGCUACAGAUCCUUCUUAGGGUUUACAGCUCUUGUUCAGAUAUCCACUUUAACCGCAGAUUAUUUGGUCGACACAAUUAUCCUGCAUGAUGCGAUGGGACUUCUUAGGCCAGUAUUUGCUAAUCCAGGGAUAUGCAAGGUGUUUCAUGGUGCUGACAAUGAUGUUCUUUGGCUACAAAGGGACUUCCACAUCUAUGUUGUCAACUUAUUUGACACAGGGAAGGUGUGUGAUAUUUUAUCAAAACCACAGAGAUCCUUGGCAUAUUUGCUUGAAACUUACUGCAGUGUUUCCGCAAAUAAACUGUUACAGAGAGAAGACUGGAGACAACGUCCCUUGUCAGAGGAAAUGAUUCAAUAUGCUCAAGCGGAUGCACACUAUUUGUUGUAUAUUGCAUACUGUCUCUCUUUGGAGCUCAAGCAGCAGAAAGAUGAAAAUUCGUCUUCUGGUGACAAAUUCAAUGUUCUUCUCGAGGCUUGUCGACGUUCAAAUGCAACUUGUUUGCAGCUUUUUGGAAAAGAAGUUGAAGCUUUUCCAGGAGAAUUAGCUGCAUUGUCAGUGAUUUCUCGAUGCUUGAAUGAUCAGGAAAAUAUCUCAUCGGGUCUUUGUGAUGCAAAGUUUCAGGAACUUGUGAGACGUCUGUGCUUAUGGAGGGAUGUAAUGGCUCGUCUUCAUGAUGAAAGUUUGAGGUUUGUUUUAUCAGAGAGUGCGAUCAUUGCUUUAGCAGCUAAAGUUCCGAUAACCGAAACAGAUAUCUGUAGUAUUAUAUCUGAAGCUGAUCUAAAUGCUGAAUCUACAUCUCGUGUUCCCAUACAAUCUCCAUCCCCUGUUGUUUCUAGUCAUUUGGAAGACCUUCUUUGUUUGCUCAAAGCGAACACCACUAAUCUCGACAGUUUCUUCCAACUAUUCAUCCAGCAACACUUAGGUCCAGCUGGCAGUUGUCCUCUUUCUGCACAUAAUUAUACUUUGUUGUCCAAAACUAACCUUGGAGUAUCCAAUAAAUCCACCUCCAAUCGCAAUGGCUUUAGAGCUUCAAAACAAGUUGCAAAGAAGUUUUCUCGAGACCUGUUUGUUCAAAAGUUUUCAUGCAAAUCUCCAGUUUAUCACAACUGCAAGAUCUACGCAAAUGAUGGGCGAUUAUUAUGUUACUGUGAUCGAAGAAAGCUUGAAUGGUAUGUCAAUCGGAAUCUUGCAAAACCUGUAGAAGACGAUCCUCUUUCCAUCGUGCUUCUGUUCGAACCCAAAGGGCGUCCAGAGGAUGAAGAUAACGAAUUUUACAUUCAGAGUAAGAAAAAUAUUUGUGUUGGUUGUGGUGAAGGAAAACACUAUUUAAGGUACAGAAUAAUACCCUCAUGCUAUAGGAUGCACUUUCCUGAGCAUCUAAAAAGUCAUCGGUCCCAUGAUAUAGUCCUCGUCUGCGUGGAUUGUCAUGAAACUGCUCAUGCCGCUGCCGAAAAGUACAAAAGACAAAUAGCUGCUGAAUUUGGAAUCCCGUUAUUUGUUGGUAAAGUAGUGGAGAAACAAAAUAUAAAUGCAUCAGGUUCGCCUACUGUGUCGUUUGAGGAGAUUGGUGUUUCUCCUUUACAGCUGCGUGCUGCUACUAUGGCUCUUCUACGCCAUGGACCACAAAUGCCACCACAGCGUCGUGACGAAUUAAUGCAGAUUGUCAGGGCAUACUACGGAGGGAGAGAAAUAUCGGAUGCAGAUCUUGAAAAAGCUUUGCUAGUUGGUAUGAGUCCUCACGAGAGAAGAAAAUUUGAGAAAAAGAGAGGCUACGCAUUUAAACAUAUGACAAGAAGUAUCAAUUCGAACGAUAUGAAGCAAAAUGAUAUGAUAGAGACUGAUCAGAAACAAGAUUAUGUUGAUAUUUUGAGCGUAGAUGAAGCAGGAGUAAGCACUCAACCUUUAUCGACAAAUAUUGGAGACGAUACUGCAUCAAGCACAGCUGAUAUUGAUGAUGCGACGACGUCAGAUCUAAAGAUAGAGAAUGGUGGAGAUGUUUCACUGAAGCAUGAAAAAUUGUCGUUACUAGGACAUGGACCCCACGGAAAGCAGGUAGUUGCGUAUCUUCUGAAGGAAUAUGGGGAAAAUGGGAUUAGUGAUUUUUGUCAGAGAUGGAGACAAGUUUUUGUUCAAGCCCUUCAUCCUCGUUUCUUGCCUGGUGGAUGGGAUGUUAUGCACAGGGAUUGAUAUUGGACAAUUUUUUGCCAGUGGUAAAAGAGAUUUUGGCGAAUUCAGCAUCUUCAAACCCACAAAGAAAGCUUCUGAUAUUGAUGCUGCAGGAUAAUAGCACGAGUUUUGUUCCUUUUUGCCCUUUUCGUUUUUGUUUUCUUUUUUACAUAUAUUCCAUUUUUUGUUGUAUUAUUUGAAAGAAAUGUAUACGUAUAGCAUUUCAGCGUUGGUUACCUUCGGAGCCAUUGUCGACCGUCGUAGAUCAAUUUUACCUUGACCCGACGGAACCUUUUGCGGAUAUGAGCUGUAAAAUUAAACAAUUUUAUUAGAUUCGGAUAUUCAAUAUUUCAUUUCUUAUCAAAUUUAAUUUCCUUUUGAAAAGUUUUUAUUGGUA